AGUAUUGAUGGGCUGUCGUUGUGUUCGGCGGCGUAUCGUUGUAUGUACCCAUCUGGAUAGGUAGACACACAUAUAUCGUGUAGGUGUUUGCUUCGUGAUAUGCGUGGUCAACGAGUGCAGCCACGACCUCUUUGUCCUCCCUUUUCUCGUUUAAAACUUAGUUCCCUCAGCCCCAAUACUUUCUAAAAGUGUCUGCGAGCGUCGAUGUUGCGACGGACGCUGCACCGUUGCAUGAUGCAGUUGCAUGUGCAGCCCACGCCAAACCCGCUGUGCCAUGCCUUCGCCAUCCCCUCCGACAACUUUGCGAGCUUUGUGCCAGACAAACAAACGUGCGAGGUGGCCCAUCGCGGAUUGGCCUGGGUGCACCCCCUCUCCCAGGGGCUCUUUGAGCAGUACCCGCAGGAGAUCAUGAGCGUCUUCAUUGCCCCGCGGCAGGUCUCUAUUUCCGUCUUCGCCACGGUGGACUUUCCUGCCAUCGAGUGGAGCAUCAGCAGCUUUCUGGGGCACUACCUCGUGAUGAACAACGCGUGCGUGGCCCCUGCGAAGGAGUACACCCUCAUUGAGGAUGACUUAGAGGUGAAGGAGGACGACUCGGAGGUGGUGCAGUGUAUUAAAGAGCUGCUGCGGGAACAGGUGCGGCCGAUGGUGCAGCGCGACGGCGGGGAUGUGAAGCUGCUGAACUUCAACGAAAAGACCGGCGUUGUCUCGCUGGCCAUGCUCGGCGCGUGCCGCACCUGUCCGUCGUCGCAGAACACGUUGAAAAACGGCAUUGAGCGCGUUAUGAAGCACUUCUUGCCGGAGGUGACGGAGGUGGUCGAGGCGACGGGGCACCAGUUUUACGAAGACUACGGACUGCUGUUUGACUCCGAAAAGGCGCUGUACAAGGAGGCGGCGCGCUUAGAUCGUGUGCGCCAAGCGAACAUAAAGCGCAACCUCACGCCAACGGUGCUAUCAUACAGUGCACUCAACGAACCCGAUGGAGACUGA